AAAAAACCUGUAAAUCGAAGUCUCCCGUUUGCAUUUUGCAUCAACUUCAAAAAGCUGACACCAAACCAAAGAAUUGUUAACACAAAGAAGUCAAAACGAAAGUUGUGUCGUGCUGGGUAGUGAACACCGAAGAAUAAGGUAGCUGAAGAAGAAGAAGAGUCGGUAUUUUAAAUCUGAAGCAUAUUUUGAGGUUUUGUGUUUCUUUGAGUAAAUGGGUUGCUGAAGGUGGUAGCAAAGAGGAGAGGGAAGGAGGAGGAGUAUCAAAUGUGAUAUGGUGUGGGAGAUGUAUAAUAAGAUGCAAUACAACUGCAAAAUUUAGCCAUGUCCAUGGUGGACAACUUUUCUACUUCACCAUACUAAAUGCACACUUAUUGUUGAAAGAAACAUAAAAUCCAGGUAUCUCAAUUAUGAAUAUUUAACAUGUGAAAAGGUGCCAAUAAAUCAACUCUUACUAUCUUGUUUAUUACAGUAAUUCUCACAGAUUCCAUUCCAGUUAGAUUCAAAUCAAAUGGCUAAUAGCAGCAACUCCUCUGCUUUAGCUACAUUGCCAAAGACGAGGAAGAAUUAUUAUGAUGUGUUUGUCACCUUCCGAGGUGAAGACACUCGCAACAAUAUCACUGAUUUUCUUUUUAAUGCCCUUGAAGAGAAAGGCGUUUUAGUAUUUAGGGAUGACACUAAUCUUCCAAAAGGUGAAUCCAUUGGACCCGAACUCUUUCGUGCAAUUGAAGACUCUCAGAUUUUCGUUGUCAUAUUCUCAAUGAACUAUGCUUCCUCAACUUGGUGUUUGCAAGAAUUGGAAAAGAUAUGUGAAUGCGUUCAAGUUUCUCGAAAACAUAUUUUGCCUGUUUUCUAUGAUGUUGAUCCUUCUGAGGUGCGAAAGCAAAGUGGGAUUUUUGCUGAAGCCUUUGUCAAACAUGAACAAAUAUUCCAACAAGACUAUGAUAUGGUGCAAAGAUGGAGGAAAGCUCUCACACAAGUGGGAACAAUCUCUGGUUGGGAUAUCCGUCACAAGCCACAGUAUACACAAAUUAAAGAGAUUGUUCAAAGAAUAAUAAAUAUUUUGGAUUGCAAAUCUUCAUGUGAUGAUGUUCAUGCUCAAGUGACAGCCACGCCAUUUGGCAGAUGUUAUGAGGCCUUGGAAUCUAGAACAUCAAUGUUGAAUGAGAUUAUGAUGGACUUGAAGAAUCCCAAGAUCUUCAUUGUUGGGGUGUACGGGAUGGGUGGUGUGGGGAAGACAACACUUGUGAAAGAGUUAGCAUGGCAAGCAGAGAAUCAUAGGUUAUUCAGUGCUGUAGCUAUGGCUACUAUAACUGAUUCUCCGGAUUUGGAAAAAAUUCAAGGCCAAAUUGCUGAUGCUUUGGAUAUGAAAUUUAAUAAGCAGACAAAAGAAGGAAGAGCAAUGCAGUUACGUCAAAGGAUAAGCAAUGAGAAGAGUAUUCUCAUUAUUCUUGAUGACAUUUGGGGUAAUCUUGAUUUGACAGAAGUGGGGAUUCCUUUUGGUGAGGAUAACAAAGGAUGCAAGUUGUUGGUGACAUCGAGAAGCCUUAACGUGUUGAACUCUAACAUGGACAUUCAGAAAGAAUUCAGACUUGAAGUUUUACUUAAUGAGGAUAGUUGGAAAUUGUUUGAGAAAAUGGCAGGUGAUGUUGUUCAAGAUUUCAAUAUAAAACCAAUUGCUGUAGAAGUGGCCAGACGUUGUGCUGGUUUGCCGCUUAUGAUUGUUAUGGUUGCAAAGGCUUUGAGAAAAAAAAAUAUCUAUGACUGGAAAACCAAAUUAUAUGAGUUAAAGAGAUUUGAUCAAAAAGAGCUGCAUGAGAAAAUCUAUGCUACUUUGGAAUUGAGUUAUGAUUGCCUAGAAAGUGAAGAACUAAAGUCACUAUUCUUAUUUAUUGGUUCAUUUGGACUGGAUCACCUCUUAAUUGGGAAACUAUUUUCACUUUAUUGGGGGUUAGGCUUAGAUAAAUACUCUAACACAUUGACAGAUGCAAGAACCAGAUUCUACAAAUUAAUAAACGACCUCAAGGCCUCUUCACUGUUACUUGAUUCCGAAACUCAAGUAGUUAGACUGCAUGAUGUUGUUAGAGAAGUCGCUAAACCAAUUGCAUCUAGGAGUCAACCAACCUAUGGCGUGCAACGGUACACCGUAAUAAAAGAAUGGCCAAAGACAGAUCUGCUUCAAAAAUGUCAUCAAAUUAUAAUGCCUUGGUCAUAUAUUCACAAGCUUCCUGAAAAGCUAGAGUGCCCAGAGUUGAAGCUACUUUUACUUCAUAAUAUAGAAGGCCAUUUAGAAGUCCCUGAUGACUUCUUCUCCAGGAUGAGAGAUCUAAAGGUCAUUGAUUUUUAUGGAAUGAAUUUUACCCCUUCUCCUCCACCAUCUCUUUGUUUCUUGACAAAAAUACAAUCAUUGGAUAUGUCUGGAUGUAUGUUAGGAGACAUAUCAAUAAUUGCAGAACUAAAAAGUUUAGAGAUUCUCAUCCUUGAAGCAUCUGAUAUUGAAGAACUCCCUAAAGAAAUAGGACAACUAACUAAUCUUCGAAUGUUGAAUUUAGCAAAUUGCUCUAGACUGCGAUUCAUUCCUGCAAAUCUUAUUUCAAGCUUAACAUGCCUAGAAGAGUUGUACAUGGGUAAUUGCUUUAUCAAUUGGGAUGCCAAAGGAAGCAAAGGUCAAAGCAACAAUGCAAGUCUAGAUGAGCUGGGGAAUUUGUCUUAUCUAACUACUUUAGACAUAAUGAUUCAAGAUGCUUCAGUUUUGCCAAGGGAUUUGCAGGUCUUUGCAAAGCUUGAACGAUACAACAUAUAUGCAGGUGAUAUUUGGAAAUGGCCUUUGGAAUGGUCUGGAAAUGCUUCUGAAACUUCAAAAAAUCUUAAGCUCACUGACAAUAGGUGUUCAAACAUUCUUUUGGAUUGUGGGUUUAAUUUCUUAUUAAAUUCAGCUGAGGACAUGUGCCUUAAUAACAUACAAUGUGUACGAGAUGUCCUUUAUGAACUGAAUAGGAAUGGUUUUCCGCAAGUAAAGCAUCUGUGCAUUCAAGACAGUACUAAACUGCAGUACAUCGUCAACUCAAUGGGGUUGGUUCAUCCUUAUCCUGCUUUACCCAACUUAGAGACUUUGGCGCUUCAUAAUCUAUUUUGUUUGGAAGAAAUAUGCCAUGGCCCAAUUCCAAUUCAUUCUUUUACCAAACUAAAAUCUGUUGAAGUCAAAGGUUGCCACAAGUUGACAAAUCUGUUAUGGUAUUCCCUUGUCAGAGACCUUCCUCAGCUUCUUGAAAUAAAAAUUUCUGAUUGCAGAAUGAUUACGGAAGUAAUAUUUUUCCAAAUAUCUGAGGUUGAUAUUGAAAUCAACAAGAUUAUGUUCCCCAAGUUGCGUUCUCUUGAACUUGAGCAUUUGCCGAGUCUUAUUAGUUUCUGUUCCAUGCCUUUGGCAGCUGAUGCACAGUGCAUACCUGUGGCACUAAUUGAUCGAAAGGUUGAGAUGCCUCACCUUGAACUCUUGAAGCUGUCUAAUAUCAAAUCUAGGAAAUUGUGGGAUGAAAAUCUUCCAGGUCAUUCUUUCAUUCAAAACUUGACGAGUUUGACAAUUGACAAAUGUGUUAGCAUAGCAUACGCAUUCUCGUCCUCGGUGGCUAGAGAUCUUUUAAACUUGAAGCAUCUUGGGAUUAGUAAUUGCCAAAGGCUGGAGGAGAUAUUUCUCUCAGAUGGAAAGUUAGGCACUGUCUUCAACUCGGUUGUAUUUCCAAACUUGGAGACAUUGGAAAUCUCCCACAUGGAACACUUGAAGUCAUUAUGGAACAAUCAACUAGCUCCAAAUUCCUUCAGCAAACUGAAGCAGUUGAAAAUUCAAUCCUGCAAUAAACUAUCAAAUGUAUUUCCAUCUUAUGUGCUUGAUGAAUUACAGAAUCUAGAGAAACUGACUGUAACUGAUUGUCCUGCGCUAGAAGUUAUAUUCGAAACCCCAAGCCUACAAGUAGAAGGUGGUAGACAAACGAGGCUGGAAAUGCAAUUGGGAACUCUCAUUUUGGAAAAUUUACCAAUGCUGAAACACAUAUGGAGUGGAAAUCCUAAUGAAAGCUUCAAGUUUCAAAACCUUUGCAUGCUGAUAGUUAUGUAUUGCAUAAGCCUUAAUCAUGUUUUUCCCCUCUCUUUGGCUAAAGAGCUUCAGCAUCUCCAAGAGCUUUACAUUAGAGUAUGUGGUGUAGAAAGCAUUGUAGCACGAGAUGAAAUGGCUGACACAAAUCCAAAUCCGAUACUGAUUUUCCCAGAAUUAAAAUCUAUGAGUUUUAUAUCUUUGACUCAACUUCAAAGCUUCUACCAUGGAUUACAUACCUUGGAUUGUCCCGUUUUAAGAGAUGUGGAGGUGUUUCAUUGUGACAAGCUCGUACUAUUCAAGCCAACGUCUCUAAACUACCAAGACAAUGUCACAGUUGAUAUAAUACCCCUUCUCUCAAUUGAAAAGGUUGUCUCCAACACAAGUAAGCUUAUUCUGAAUUGCAAGCAUGUCACCAUGUUAUGCAAUGGUCAACUUAAUGAUGAGCCUAUCUACACAGUAAAAGAUCUUACCCUGCGGUGUUUUCAUGAUUUGUCCGACAAAUUUCCAGCUGGUUUCCUCCAAAGAUUUAUCAAUCUUGAAAAUCUUGCGGUAUCAUGUUGUUCUUUCACAGAGGUUUUGUUUAGUGAAAGCUUUGGCACUGGACAUUCUGAAACAACUAUCAAGUUGAGAAGACUAGAACUUCGUGGAUUACCAAACCUCAAGUUUAUAUGUAGCGAAAAAUCUGAGGGGCAACUGGUUCUUCAAAAUAUGGAAUAUUUGUUUGUAUUUUUAUGCCCUACACUGAAGAAUAUAUUUCCAUCCUCAGUGGUAUUUGAGAAUUUAGAGAAGUUGAAGGUGUCCAAUUGUGCUGGAUUGGAAAAUAUUUUGAAAUCAUCAACAGCUACCAGUUUACCAAAACUUAGAAAAUUACAAAUAUAUGGUUGUGAAAAGAUAGAAGAAAUAGUUGCAAGUGAUGAUGAGAAUGAUGCUUCUGAGCUAGCUUUUAUGAAGUUGGAGUAUCUGAUGUUGAGGAACUUACCAAGGCUACGAAGUUUUUGCAAGGGAAGACAUGACUUUAAAUUUCCACUACUGGAAUACUUAGUUGUAAAUGACUGUCCCAUGAUGGAAACUUUCUCAAAUGGUGUGUUGAAUGUACCAAGACUCAGAAGAGUACAUGUAAAUUUUCAAGAGCCGGAUGAAUGGCAUUGGAAUGGUGACCUUAACACUACUAUAAGAAAAUUUGUAGCGAAAAAUGGUAAUGCAUACAACAAAACUGAUCAUCUUCAAUCAUGAUUCAAAUGUUAUGGUUUGCAUUUGCAUUCUCACAUCACUGUUACUUUUUCUUGUUUAUGAAUAUCCAGAACUCUAAGGAAAUAAUUGAGUUUGUACUCAAAAUUUGAAUGAUGGCUCAAGUAGAUAAUUGGUCGUUACUAUCUGGUUGUUAUCGACAUGUUUCGGGUGCAAGGCUAACCCGAAAAUCACUAAUGCCACAAAGCGUUUACAAUCAUUACGUUGUAUUUAGUGUAAUAACUUUUAUAUGACAAUGACUUUUAUAAGUGUUUUUUUUUAACUAAUACUUUCUACAGUCAUUAAAUGAACUAUUCUUCCAAAUGUGCAGAACAAACUUGUUUAGAAGAGAUGUUCACAUUUUAUG